ACUGUCGGCUUUAGAAAAGACAGUUUAUGUUGAUGAUGGGGAUAUGCCACAAUCAUUUCAUGAGCUGCAAGCCAAAGUGGAUAGAUUAAAGGACAAAUUAGAGAACGUAUCCCAUCUCAGUUGGCUUGGUUUGUCCAAGGAUUUAUCCAUCGGCAUGUCUCAGCCAUUCUGGCAUAAGAAGUCAUCGCCUAGAAAAAUGGAAAGCCACCAUAAGCGAGUUUACGAAAGAUUUAUGAAAUUCACGAAAGUCCACGUAAGUGAAGAUGUUAGGAGAGAACUGAAGAAGCAGACAUUUGACAACUGGCAGUGGGAUGAUUCAGAAAUGUUGAUUCUUCUACGACAGAUGUACAUCGAUCUCAACCUCAUCUCUAAGCUCAAUCUUGAUAUGAAUGUCCUUCAUGAAUGGCUGUAUGAAGUCUACAGAAACUAUAAUGUGGUUCCAUUUCAUAAUUUCAAACACUGCUUUAUGGUGGCCCAAAUGAUGUACGGGCUGACAUGGCUAAUUGAUCUCCAGUCCAAACUUGACCCUUUGGAAAUUUUCACCUUGAUAACUUCAGCCAUUUGCCAUGACCUAGACCACCCCGGCUACAACAACGCAUACCAGAUCAAUGCAAAGACAGAACUGGCCCUACGCUAUAACGACAUCUCACCGCUGGAAAAUCAUCACUGCGCGGUCGCAUUUGACAUCAUGAAGAAGGACAAAUGCAAUAUAACAAAAGACUUUAGCAGGGAGCAGUUCAAAAGGUUUAGGGAUGGCAUGAUUAGAUGUAUCUUAGCAACAGACAUGGCGAAACACAAUGAGAUUCUUAAUUCAUUCAAGUUAGCUAUUCCUCAUUUUGACUUCAACGACAAAGAGCAUAAAUCAGUGCUAAUGAUGAUCUUGAUUAAAGUGGCUGACAUUUCUAAUGAAGCACGGCCGAUGGCUGUCGCAGAACCUUGGUUAGAUUGUCUAUUGCAAGAGUUCUUUAAUCAGAGUGAUCUGGAAAAGCUAGAAGGACUACCUGUGGCACCAUUCAUGGACAGGGAAAAGGUGUCGAAAUCAUCUUCUCAAAUCGGGUUCAUUAAGUUUGUGCUGCUUCCUUUGUUUGAGACUGUUGGCAGGCUCUUUCCACAGUUGGAGUCAGCUAUUAUUGAGCCUGUACGGGAUGCUCUUGCCUAUUACACAGACAUGCAAAAAGCAUUAGAGGAGGAAAAAUCCAAAAAAGAUUCCAUUGUUGAGAGCAGCGAUGGAGAUAAGAAUGGAUUACUGCAUACAAGCAAGCCAGGUCCAAGCAGUGGCAGUUUCAGCAGCACUAGCAGCAGUGGUGAUGACAAACUGUCAGGACACAGUCUAAUGUUGACGAAAGCCAAUUCCUUGGCUCUUAGAAGAGGCAGUACAACAAGACUCACAUCGAAGCAUUCGGUUGAACUUGACACUUCAUCUUCCUCAUGA